CUUACGUCAUCAACAAGCGUCAGUACGGGGCGCUGCAGGGCUCAAGCUUGGCAAUGCUUUCUUUAACGCUGCAUGCAAAUCAAACACUAGAAUGGCUGAGACCAUCCGCCCUGUAUUCCUAAAUCAGAGGGAGGACUGACUCUGCGGCCCUUAAUAUUAGAUCUAUAUCUGUAUGUAUGUAACAUCUAUGGGAAAAUAACAUUGGUAAUUAUACAAACGGGAUAAAUAUUUAGACACACUGAACACAGACUGCUUAAUACACACACACUGCUCACAGACUGCUUAAUACACACACACUGCUUAAUACACAAACACAGACUGCUUAAUACACAGACACAGACUGCUUAAUACACAGACACAGACUGCUUAAUACACACACACAGACUGCUUAAUACAUAAACACAGACUGCUUAAUACACAAACACAGACUGCUUAAUACACAAACACAGACUGCUUAAUACACAGACUGCUUAAUACACAGACACAGACUGCUUAAUACACAAACACAGACUGCUUAAUACACAGACUGCUUAAUACACAGACACAGACUGCUUAAUACAUAAACACAGACUGCUUAAUACAUAAACACAGACUGCUUAAUACACAAACACAGACUGCUUAAUACACAAACACAGACUGCUUAAUACACAGACUGCUUAAUACAGACACAGACUGCUUAAUACAUAAACACACACUGCUUAAUACACAGACUGCUUAAUACACAAACAGAGAGACUGCUGAAUACAUACACACACUGCUUAAUACACACACACAGACUGCUUAAAGGACCACUACAGUGCCAGGAAAAUAACAUUGGUAAUUAUACAAACGGGAUAAAUAUUUAGACACACUGAACACAGACUGCUUAAUACACACACACUGCUCACAGACUGCUUAAUACACACACACUGCUUAAUGCACAGACACAGACUGCUUAAUACACAAACACAGACUGCUUAAUACACAAACACAGACUGCUUAAUACACAAACACAGACUGCUUAAUACACAGACACAGACUGCUUAAUACAGACACAGACUGCUUAAUACACACACACAGACUGCUUAAUACACACACACAGACUGCUUAAUACAUAAACACAGACUGCUUAAUACACAAACACAGACUGCUUAAUACACAGACACAGACUGCUUAAUACAGACACAGACUGCUUAAUACAUAAACACACACUGCUUAAUACACAGACUGCUUAAUACACACACAGAGAGACUGCUGAAUACAUACACACACUGCUUAAUACACACACACAGACUGCUUAAAGGACCACUAUAGUGCCAGGAAAACAUACUCGUUUUCCUGGCACUAUAGUUCCCUGAGGGUGCCCCCACCCUCAGGGUCCCCCUCCUGCCCGGCUCUGGAAGGGGGAAAGGGGUAAAAACUUACCUUUUUCCAGCGCUGGGCGGAGAGCUCUCCUCCUCCUCUCCGCCUCCGUUACGCCCCGCCGGCUGAAUGCGCACGCGCGGCAAGAGCUGCGCGCGCAUUCAGCCGGUCUCAUAGGAAAGCAUUUACAAUGCUUUCCUAUGAACGCUGGCGUGCUCUCACUGUGAAAAUCACAGUGAGAAGCACGCAAGCGCCUCUAGUGGCUGUCAAUGAGACAGCCACUAGAGAAUUAGGGGGAAGGCUUAACCCAUUCAUAAUUAUAGCAGUUUCUCUGAAACUGCUAUAAUUAUGAAAAAAUGGGUUAACCCUAGAAGGACCUGGCACCCAGACCACUUCAUUAAGCUGAAGUGGUCUGGGUGCCUAGAGUGGUCCUUUAAUACACAAACACAGACUGCUUAAUACACACACAGAGAGACUGCUGAAUACAUAAACACACACUGCUUAAUACACAAACACAGACUGCUUAAUACACAAACACAGACUGCUUAAUACACAGACUGCUUAAUACACAGACUGCUUAAUACACACACACAGACUGCUUAAUACACACACUGCUGACUGCCGAAUAUACACAAACAGACUGCUGAACACACACACUUCCUAACUCUGCCCUCUUCACACAGCCAAGCACCAAGGAACCUUGCAUGGCCUGAGAACACUACACACCCUGGUGGCCGGUGCCGGUAUUACAGAACAUGCUACUCAGAAAAAUGCAGCCACUUGCAUAGUCAGUAUAUUUGCAAUACCGGUGUUCCUAAUUGAUGAGAACCGGAAUCCCUGGAUGUUGGAAGUGAAUCUGUCACCGUCUCUGGUUUCUAAUGGACCCCUUCAUUUAAAAAUCAAGGCAAAUCUGCUUUCAGACACUCUUAAGUUAAUUGGUGUUUAGUGUCAUAAUAACCAGCAGAACAAGGACAAAGCAGGCCCUACAACAUCUACAAAAGUGAUGAAAGCAGGACAGACCAAACCCUCCCCCUUCCAAGAGAGGAUGAAUAUCAUUCAGGAGGUCAAGGAGGAGAAAAAGAGGAGAGGUGGUUUCGUCCAAAUCUUCCCCCAUAAGGACAGAUGGAAGAAAUAUGGCUGUUUAUUGACAUACAAAGCCUUCAAUAUUAUGCUGGCUUGUGAUCUUUUUACAGAGAAACUGUCGGAGCCAGAAUCAACCAGUGGUGUACUGGGGCAAAACUUGGCGCUGUAUGAGCGAAAGCUGCCACCUUUGCAAACAACUAAGCUUGUGGAUGAGGAGAAGGCACUCAAGCCAGUCAGUCCAUCCGAUUGUAGAAAAGACUGUGCACAGAAAUCGAGUCUUAAGUCCAAGGCAGAUUUAUUACAGAAAAGGAUGAAGCAUUUUUUUUCUCUUUCUAAAUAUAAUUUAGGAUGAUUUGAUUGAAGGGAGUGGAACAGAAGGAUAUAUAAAAUAAUCUUCCAGAGCUUCUCAGUUCAGAAACUGGGCCCCCAUCGAAUCUCUGGAGCAGGGGUCCUCAAACUCCUGCCCCCCAGAUGUUGCUGAACUACAACUCCCAUGAUUCUUUGAAUUACAUAGAUAGCCAGAGAAUCAUGGGAGUUGUAGUUCAGCAACAUCUGAAGGGGCCGGAGUUUGAGGACCCCUGCUCUGGAGCAUCUUAACCUGCUAAGCCUGGUAAGACCCUAGUAGUAGCAUGUCUAACAUUCGGUUACCCAGAGACAGAUUUUAACCUGUGCUGACCCUGACCUAAGCUCUUAAAGUCGAACGGUCACCUCCCUGGUAUUUUACUAUUAUCUUUACCUAUUCCCUGUAUUUCACAAAUAUGUGCUUGUAUGAGAAAUAAAAUUAAAUAUAGAAUUAAACACUACUAUGUAACAGGGUCAGUGUUAUUGAUACAUUGGAGAUUUUAUACAUUUAUAAAUAAAGACUUGGAGUUCCUUUUUAUCUUAGAUUGUGACUGUCACGGUGGUCCAUAUUUUAAGGAAAAAAGAUAUGUAUUGGGAUCUAAGUCUAAAGCUAGGAAAUAGAUUAGUGGUUGCCACUAUUUUCUUUCUUUUUCUUUAGCCAAGAAGAAGCAAGAGGAGGAUGACGGUGAAAUGAGAUAACUAAAAAGCUCAGCUGCAGAUGCCCAGAUGGACAUCUCCCAUCAAACAUCACCCUUUUAAACUAAACGUCUACCAAAGUUGAGAAUCGUUGAUUUGGAUUAUUAGUAAUUCAUCACCGUGUAUUAGUAAUGUGUGGCUUUAUUCCUUGUGAGCAUUAUCGUUUAAUAAAAUGUCUUUGCCGAUA